AUGUCGAUCCUUUUGCAUAACAACUCCACCAACAACUGGGUCAUCCAACCGAAUUGUAGACAAACAGUCUCGUUUUAUUUAUUUAUUUCUUCCAAAGAAAUUAUUGUUGAUGUUCGUCAAGUGAUUUCUUUUGAUAAAAACAAGUGUUGGGAAAUUAAAUGCUUCUACUUGCAAAAUCUAUUUAAAGAGUUUGAAACUUUUGCAGCUGCUUAUGAUAUAAUGUGA